CAUCGGUUCACAUGCGUGUCGCGACGCAGUUUUUGAACUACAUCCGCCGACCUCAUCUGGAUAGGUAGUUCGCUUUCGAGAGCCCAUCCUCAAAGGGUUGAAGACUGGCCGAUGACGUGUGUGCGUGCUAUUUUUGACAAGGCUAUUUUGUUUACACCAUCGACCUCCGGCGGUCAUCUUGACGAGUUCUUGACGAGUUCUUGACGAGUCUUGUCGCCCUCAUCUUAUCUCCCACUUCUGCCGGUUGAAUGACAAAGUGUGCUUUCUGGGGCGCGAAGGAAGUUAAGUGACCGAUAACUGUUCCAUCCAUUGAGACCCUCACUGUUUGAAUCUAUCUGUCGAUUUUGCAGAUUGAAGUAUUGGCAUAAAACGAACGCCUUCCUCUGUUGAACACACACUAGAUCCAGUCAAUACCGCUCCGCUGACAAGUGGCCAGCAAAUCUCAUCGUCACCAAUUCCCACCCCUCUUCUCUUUAAUGGCUUUUGCCCACAGCAGUCACCUCCCUCAUCGAGAACAGCAAACCGCGACCCUGUCAAAACUUGUCUCCAGACGCUUCACCGUUUUCGGCCCUGGAACCUUGCCUGUUCCCACGUCCUGCCUGCUUCUUCUUAUCCUCGCUUGUACCCUCCGUACGACGACCCUGACCGCUGCAUUCUUUUCCGUUUAGAUCGCUCCUCCUUGUCAACCUGAUGCCUUCCCUCACAAGACUUCUCGACAUUAUCCGCUCAUACACCUGGAGAGAAAACAAGGAGACCAAGCUCGAUCGCUUCGACGGUGCGGUGCAGACUGGUCGGCAAUGGCCACACAAGAGAAUGUGCGCUGGCUGAUAAGGUUGAGUUCAUUGACAGUGACGCAGAUGAAGCUGUUGAGAUGUGGAAAAUGCCAUCAAUGUUCUAUCUAUACAUGCCUAUUUGGUGUUCAGCCGCUGUCGAGAUUAAGAGCAGAGCAGCUACCAAACUCAACAAGAUGCAACUCGGGGAUGACAUACUUCAUAGUCUACAAACAAGGCGGUUCAAAAGCGCCGGCAAACAUCUCGUCGAUGCAUGAAUACUGUCGUGGGUUAUUAUUGCCUGUCCGACUCGAGAUUGUCGGUACCUGGGAUUUUGUGGAUUUGAGGAGCUCCGCAGGCAUUCAAGACCUGCACGCACAUCACUGUUCAAGAUCGAGUCACUGAGCUCUUACAACGGCUAGGAAUAGACCGCAUUUGACAUGGACAUCGCCAACCGCCAUGAACCAGGACUCAUCCUUCCUGGUGUGCAGCAUUGGUACUGCCACUCCUCGGAUGGGGGUCUCAUUCGUGCCAGAGUCGAUCUGCUUUACAAGAGAACGCCGUGGCACUACUGUCGUAGCUGGUGCAUCAUCGGCGUACCGACCCUCUACCGGCAAUGUCAGAUGAAUGUUUAGCAUGAAUCUGUCAUUCCAAGAGUCUCCAUGUCAGACUACGACAGAGAGACACCGACUCAGACGAGAUUCAGUGUACAAGACGAAAAUACUGUACGGCCGGCCAAUGUACUGUACUGUACCAGCUUCUGCCUUAUUGUAAGGAGUUGUCUCGAAGGCCCAUGGGGUGUGACCGUCCUGUUCGUACGUACAGUCUUGUGCAAGCACAUGUCAGAGGACGAGGGGAGCGAAAAGUGGUCAGUGCGAGAAUCUAAGGCUCCCUUCCUUCUCCCCCCUCUCUCACUUGUCUGUCCUUCCUGGCUCUUUUCCACUUGUGUUAGUCCACAGGACACGACUCUAGCGACGUGAUCAGACAUGGCUAUGUUGCUCUACCAAAUACCGAAAGACACAGCUGGACGAGAUGAGUGACAACCAUGCCAAAUCUUCCAAUCCCCUACCCCGUUUGAGGAGCAGACAUCACCCUGCGACGGUCAGAUCCUUGGUGCAUUUUGGAUUGUGUGUCUCCUUCGGGGCGACGGCUCUUUGAGUUGAACCUUGCCCUCCAGACUAAAAUAUUGACUUUGCAAAAAUGACUCACUUUCGAAUGGCCGGCUGCCACAGUAUUUGGAAUCAAGACCAGGGUAUUUGGAAUCAAGACCAGGGUAUUUGGAAUCAAGACCAGGAAAACGGCAUAAUCCAGCCAUUCUAGCUUUUGGCAGAUCAAUGGUUUCUAAUGAUUAUCCCCUUUUGGUCC